AUGUCGUCGUCUCCAAUUCCUGGAGCAUCCUCAGGCUCCUCGACUGAUGUCGAAAAACAAUAUCAAGAACAAUAUUUGAAGCAACAAGACGCAGCCGCAGAUGUUGAAAAGUCGCCGUCGCAGCAACAGCAACAAGGAGCGUCCACAGAGCCAGACUUUGGCCCUCCACCCAAUGGCGGCCUGGCAGCGUGGAUGGUUGUUUUAGGAGGGUUCUGUACCGUGUUUGCGAGUUUCGGAUGGAUCAAUUGUAUCGGCAUAUUUCAAGACUACUACCAAUCGCAUCAACUCAAGGCAUACUCGCCCAGCACCGUGGCGUGGAUCCCUUCUGUGGAAUCCUUUAUGCUUUUCUUCGGGGGUCCCCUCGUUGGCUAUAUGACCGACCAGCUCGGCCCCCGAAUCCCCAUCUUAAUAGGCACCUUUCUUCAUGUUUUCGGGCUCAUGAUGACCUCAAUCUCCAAGGAGUACUACCAGAUUCUCCUCUCCCAGAGCAUUUGCAGUGCCCUUGGCUGCUCGUUUCUCUUCUAUGCCCCAAUCGCCGCCCUCGGCACCUGGUUCCGCGCACACCGAGCCCUCGCCUUCGGCAUCGUCACCGCCGGAUCUAGCAUUGGCGGCGUCGUCCUGCCCAUCAUGGUAGAGCGUCUCGUUGUGCGCAUCGGCUUCGGCUGGGCCAUGCGCUCUACAGCGUUGCUGUUCCUCGGACUACUCGUCAUUGGCAACUUAACAGUCAAGUCGAGGCUGCCUCCAACGGGGAGGAAGUUUAAUUUUAUGGAUUUUGUGACGCCCUUUGCCGAGAGACCUUUCCUGCUUCUCACCGCGUCUGCAUUCAUAUUCUAUCUGGGUGCUUUCUUGCCGUUCACCUUUAUCAUCGUGCAAGCCAAGGCGGAAGGCAUGUCAACGGGGCUGGCCGAUUAUUUGGUCUCCAUCAUAAAUGCUGCAUCCACAUUUGGUCGUAUCCUCCCCGCUCACUUAGGCGACCGCUACGGCGUCUUCAAUAUCAUGAUUCUCCUUACUCUCUUCGGCGGCAUCGUCACCCUGGCUCUCUGGCUGCCCGCGGCUUCCAGCGCACCGCUUAUCGUCUACAGUGUAUUGUACGGCUUUGCCUCGGGGUGCUUUUUGUCCAUUGUUCCCGCCAUGGUAGCAUCCAUAUCAGACGUACGCAAGCUGGGCACACGCACCGGUUCACUCUACGCGGUAGGUUCCAUUGGCGCCCUGGUCGGGAGCCCCAUCGGCGGAGCCAUUAUCAAUGAUCAGGAUGGGCAUUUCUCCGGCUUGAUUGUAUUCUGUGGAGUGUCGCUACUGCUAGGAGCGGUCUUGGCGAUUAUGUCAAGACACGCCUUGGUGGGUUUCCAGUUGAGGAAGAAAGUGUAG